UCUCCAGUCUCCACUCAUCCAGAGGCUGUCAGAGAAUGUUUUCCGCACGCCGAUGGCAGAUCAUCUGGUUGGUUUCAUCGCUGAUCUGGGCCUUGCAGGUGCAUGGCAGAAGGCCCGUGCAGUCAAUUGGAAUCGACAUAGGGCCGGGUAUCGUAACCGCAGUAUAUGCCUAUGAUACCGACAAUGUCACGACCAUAGCGACAGUCGUCGCUGACGCCGAGGGCGGGUAUCGAGAUACCAUGAUGCGAUUAUGGCUCCUGCAUUUGCAAGAGCACCCGUCGCCGUUCACGAAGAAUUCAAAAGGGUCGAGCACUAAUAUCCUCACGCCGAUUUGGAAAGCCACUGAGCCCGCUGCGUCAUUUAUAGAACCUUACUUGCUUUAUUUGGGCGACGUAGGCCUCCCGCCGUGGAUUGGUUCUGCCGUGUCAAUAGGACUCAGAGCUUUCAAGGUAGCAGCUGGAGGGCUUGACGCCGACAGUCUUAGCCCAAUACCAGCGGAGGACAUCACCAACGAAUUCGUCACCGUACUGCGCCAGAUCAAGGAAAAGGCACUGGAACAUCACAACAUACAGAUCCGACACGCGGUCUUCAGCGCCCCCAGCUUCUUCAACUCGACGCUCACCGAUUUGAUAGUCGAAGCAGCACGGGCGGUUAGAAUCCAAACGAGCCCUUUAGUUAUCCCGAGGACGAUUGCUCCGGUCUACGCGCAGAACGACGACCUCAAGGAUAACAAAACCAUUCAGUACCUGAUUAUCGACCAAGGCGAGUUCCACUGCGACCUGCGCACGACGCUCUUUGGGGACGGAACCGCAAAUAAAGGGGUCAUGAUGCCGAUGGAGCCGUUUGCCAGCGCCAGUAUCAACAGGCAGCUAGCGACGAAGCUAAUUAGCGAGUCGAAGGACAUGCAGAGGCAGAUUGAGUGGGGGGCGAAUAGCGGAGACCUGUGGCAAUUGAUCCGGAAGGCGAGGUUUUUGAUCCGGGAUGACAUCGACUCCGAGCUCAUGGGAGAAGAGAAGACCGAGGACCACCAUCUGGAUGAGUAUCCGCUGGACUUGCAAGGCUGGGGAGACGGGAGUGUCCAAGCCGUUCUGAAGUGGGAGGAUGUGCAGAAGGAAGAGCAGGUAUAUAUGGAGUCUCUGGGGCGAAACAUUCUGCAGAUAAUGAUUGCUGUGAGAGGUUUGUGUUUCCCCAUGCGUGUGUUUAGUGAGAAGGUUUAUGGUUAAUCUGAAACAGGGUUGCGAGAUCCGGCAUACGCCAACGAGCAUGAGACGCCGGAGCAUGUCGAUCGCGC